AACGGAGCCAUAUGAGGUGAACCUGCUAUGCUGGCGGUCACAUUCGGUGUAUUGUGCGGGUCAGCUGUCGGUGGAAUAUUACCUCUCGAUGCUAUUUCAAGCUAAUUGGCUAGCUAGCUAACAAGGUGUCACCUCGGCGUUUGCAUUUUUGCUGGUCAGCCGGGGGUCCAGCUCAGCCGAUGCUACUAGAUGAUGAAUGUAUUGUCUGCCAUGUCGAAGUCAUUCCGUUAUUUUUAGCUAGCAGUGCAUGCUAGCGCAGGAAGCGGCGUUUAGCGGAGCGUGACUAAUCUGUUCGUUAUUGGGGGGAAAAGAAGAAAUGGAGCAGUGGAAGGACGCGGCCUCCCAGCAGGUAAAACUGCUCUCACGCCGCCUGAACGAGGAGCUGUCCAGAGGCCUGGGGUGGCUGCGCGCCGAGCUCGGGGUGGACCUGGGGCUGAAGCCCGAGCUUAUUCCACCAUGGGCGAUCGUCUUAGCCGCAUGCGCUGGUCUGCUGCUGCUGGUGGCUCUGUGGGCCUCGGUCUGCCGGGCUGUUUUCAGGAAGCGUCCCGCCGUACGCCCCGUGGAUGAAGGCGCCGGAAUCAAGCAGACUGUCAGCAAGCCCGUGAAGGCGGACGAGCCAAAGAAAAAGAAGAAGAAGGCAGAAAAGAAAGCUCAGCCAAACGGGAGAGCUGUCCCGGAGCCGCAGGAGGAAGCCAUAGCUCCGGAGGAGAUAGUGCCACAUCACCAACCGCCCCCGCCACAAGGAAAGAGCGAAAAGAGCGCAGAGGGAAAGAAGUCCAAAAAGAAGCCAAAGCAGGCUACAAAGGAGACCAAAAUAGUGACUGCAGACAACAAAGAACCCGAAGAAGGCACGUGGGAAACCAAGGUCAGCAACAAGGAGAAACGUGAGCAGCGCAAGAAAGACAAGAGCUCCAGUGAUGGCUCAUCUAGUCCUGGGGGAGGGAACACCCCCGUGAGCACCCCCCCAGAGCCAACCAAGAACACCUCUGCCAGCAUCCCCGCACCGGCCACCCAGAAAAAGAAACAAGAGUCUGCACGAGUGAAGGCAGAGAAGGUUGAAGCUGUUGCUACUCAAGCCAACAGUUCUGAAGCCGUGGAUGCAGCAGCUGCUAAAAGUACCUUAAAGGUUAAGGGUCCAUCGCACAACGUCCCCUCCAAACAAGGCUCCUGGACCACCUCCAUUCAGCCGGCGCCUUUGUGGAGGUCAGGGAUUGACGAUUCCUGGACUGUGAUUGACCGGCCGAUGCCGCCUGCAGAGCUGAAUCUGGUGUCUCUGGCUCGGCUGGGAGUCGGUCCUGCUCAGCCUCAGUCAGUGAGUAACCUGUCAUGGGUCAGUCAGCCCAGAGUGGAGGAUGAGUGGUCUGGAAUCAAUGGAGCUUCGGCCGACCCCAGCUCCGACUGGAACGCUCCUUCUGAAGCCUGGGGCAACUAUGAGGAGCCCUCCGCCGAGACUCCUCUGGCUCAGGAGAAGCCCCUCCCUGAGUUGUCCAAGUUCAUUCAGAUCGGAGCAGCUGAGGAAGAUGAAGACGAGAAGGACAAAGGAGACGGAACAAAUGAUGGAGCAGCUAAAACUAAGAAAAAGAAAAAGAAGAAGAAGAAAGCGGCUGAGGAGGGAGGACCAUCCGGUCAGGUUGAGGAGCCUGUGAAGGAGUCCACUCCCGCUGUGUCGGUGAAGAAGCAGCCUCCCCCUCAGGAGACGGCUGCUGCUGUCCAGCCUGUCAAAGCAGCUGCUGUGGAGAGAGGCGAGAGAUCAGUGAAGGACGUCCCACCCCCCAUCACACAAGUGCCACAGAAGUCCGCCGAAGGAGAACCCACUGCCAAGCAGAACAACCUUCCCACUCCAACACCGCAAAAAAAAUCUGAGGAGAGUCAAGCUCCCAAACCAGCAAAGAAGAAGAAAGCCAGGAGAGAAACAUGAAGGGUCCACUCUGACACCACUUGUAUGCAAAAGACUUGAUGUCCGGUUUAUGCAACACCUUUUCUGACUGAAAUCAGAUGUUCACGGGGGGACUGGGCCUCCAAAUCUGUCCGGAUAUCCUUUUUUUGUUUUUUUUUUACAUAUUGUACAUCGGUUUCUGGAUCACUGAAACUGAACCGGCUGCAUCACAUUCUGAUGCGACGCGGUGUUGAUGAUUGAACGCCUCCAAUCUUCUGAUUCCUGCUUCUAAUUCAGCCGAAUCAAAUAACUGAAGGAGCUGCAUAGUAGUCCUUAGACUGUAGAAAAAACUGAUCAUGGUUAGAAAUGUUUUUGUUGUGGUGGUUAACGGAUGAUUUUUACUGUGCAGCAAAUUAAAACGGUUGAAGUGCAUCAGGCCAGACGACACCGGGCCACCACUCUGAACUGGCCUUUGCUUUCUACGCUUUUGUUUUGCUCCGACCUUUUUGGAAAAGUGCAGCUUGUUAGGAUGGAAAGAGCGGGAAGAUCAAACAUUGUUUUAUGCUCAGUGUGAUGUAAACUUCUGUCGUGUAAAUUAAUAUCGUCGGGCACAGAAAAGGGAAUCAUCUCCGCCCUGAUCGUCAAUCGUCGUCUUCUGCAAUGCCCAAUG